AUGCCUGAGGCCAUCCUUGUCCCGUCCUUUGAGCCAGUUUGGACCAAGGAAACUCCCCACGUUCUUCUGGUCACACCUGAAGCCCUACGGCUAGUGACCCUGUCUUGCUCACAGGCUGUAACCCUCAAACAGGCAGUUGGGGAUCUUGGCCGAGUCCACGAUGUGAAACUACUGAGAGUCUUGUGUUGGCUGGUAGCUGGACUAAGGAUCCUAGGAGACCAGAUCCGCUACCUGGUACCUGGAGAAUCCAAUCACAUAGACAAGGAAAGGAGUUUACUCUGUACAGCCACCCUGGGAAGAAACAGAAGUACUAGAGUCUUAAGCCCUGUCUUCAGGCACUCUCUCGCAGGGUCCAGACUUUGCGCGGGACGCCGCGGAGGGCGAGGCACUUCUGAGAAAGGACAGAGCCGGGGCGGCCGGGGACAAAGGGUCGGCGCCCUCCUCCCUCCCACGGCUUAUGCAGGCAAGGAUCUGGAGGAGCAGCUGCGGUCUGUGUCAAGUGUCGAUGAACUCAUGUCUGUGCUCUACCCCGAGUAUUGGAAAAUGUACAAGUGUCAGUUAAGGGAAGGAGGCUGGCAGUACAAUAAAGAACAGCCCAGCCUCCACACGAGGACAGAAGAGACUGUAAAGUUUGCUGCAGCUCAUUAUAAUGCAGAAAUCCUGAAAAGUAUUGAUAACGAGUGGAGAAAGACGCAAUGCAUGCCACGUGAGGUGUGUAUAGAUGUGGGGAAGGAGUUUGGAGCAGCAACAAACACCUUCUUUAAACCUCCAUGUGUGUCCGUCUACAGAUGUGGGGGCUGCUGCAACAGCGAGGGGCUGCAGUGCAUGAACACCAGCACGGGCUACCUCAGCAAGACGUUGUUUGAAAUUACAGUGCCUCUCUCUCAAGGCCCCAAACCAGUAACAAUCAGUUUUGCCAAUCACACUUCCUGCCGAUGCAUGUCUAAACUGGAUGUUUACAGACAAGUUCAUUCAAUUAUUAGACGUUCCCUGCCAUCAGCAUUACCACAGUGCCAGGCUGCCAACAAGACUUGCCCCACAAAUUACCUGUGGAAUAAUCGCAUCUGCAGAUGCCUGGCUCAGCAAGAUUUUAUUUUUUCCUCAAAUGCCGGAGAUGAUGGAUUCCGUGACAUCUGCGGACCCAACAAGGAGCUGGAUGAAGAGACCUGCCAGUGUGUAUGCAAAGGGGGCCUUCGGCCUUCCAGCUGUGGACCCCACAAAGAAAUAGACAGGAGCUCCUGCCAGUGCGUUUGUAAAAACAAACUUUUCCCCACCUCGUGCGGAGCCAACAGAGAAUUUGAUGAAAACACAUGCCAGUGUGUAUGCAAAAGAACCUGCCCAAGACAUCAGCCACUAAAUCCUUUAAAAUGUGCCUGUGAAUGUACAGAAAAUCCACAGAAAUGUUUGUUACAAGGAAAGAAAUUCCAGUAUCAAACGUGCAGUUGUUACAGACGACCCUGUACAAACCGACUGAGGCACUGUGAGCAGGGACUUUCAUUCAGCGAAGAAGUGUGUCGCUGCGUCCCUUCCUAUUGGAAACGACCACAUGUGAGCUAAGACUGGUUCCAGUUCAUCAUCUUUCUACCAUGAAAAAUAAAACUGUUACCACGUUAGAACUGUCUGUGAACAGAGAGACUUUGUGGGACCAUGGUAACAAAGACAAAAUUCUGUGUUUUUCUGAACCAUGUGGAUAAUUUUACAGAAGUGGACUGCAGCUCAACUGUAAAAGGCCUCUUUUAAAGACUGGUUUUCUGCCAAACAGCUGAGAUUUUGUGAUUUUUUUUUUUUAAAAAAAGAAAGAAUAAUGACUAUAUAAUUUAUUUCCACUAAAGAUAUUGUUUCUGCAUUCAUUUGUAUAGCAAUAACAAUUGGUAAAGCUCACGGUGAUCAGUAUUUUUAUAACAUGCAAAUAUGUUUAAAAUAAAAUGAAAAUUGUAUUAUAAA